AAAAAACAGACACAUGGUAGCUUCAUAAGGAUUAUUUCUAGAGAGAGAGAGAGAGAGAUUCUGAAAGAAACAGAAAGAUUUUAUUGUUGUUGUUGUUGUUCAUUGUUUUUCUCUUUUGGGUUCCCUUCUUUUCCUCUCACCAUUUUCUCCAUCUCUCUCUUUGUUGGUGGAGAGAAGGUUGAGUUUGUGUCUCUUUUUUUUAAUAUUUUUUUAUUUUCUUAAAAGGAAAUUUAGGGUUUGGUUUGUUUGUUGGUGAAAAGAGAAAGGAAACCAUGAAUGUGAUGCGUAGAUUAAAGAGCAUUGCUUCAGGUCGAACUUCUAUAUCAUCCGAUCCUGGUGGGGAUGCUGGAACAAAGAGGGCUAAGAUUGAUCAAGAAAUAGAACGAAAGGUUGAUGAAGAAUCUUAUUUAGUUGAAAGAAGUGUCACAGAUCAGGAGCAGCAUAUGGCUUCUACAUCACAGGAAAAUGCUGCGAGCACAUCCAACAUUACUUCGGUGACAAGAACAGAAAAAUCAGGCUAUGAUCAGCUUCCCAAAGAGAUGCAUCAAAUGAAGAUCAGAGAUGAAAAAACCACUAGUCAUGAUGAAAAGGAAGUGGAAGCUGCCAUUGUGAGUGGCAAUGGGACAGAAACUGGUCAGAUUAUUGCAACCACAGUAGGUGGUCAGGAUGGACAGCCAAAGCAGACAAUCUCAUAUGUGGCAGAACGCAUGGUUGGCACGGGUUCAUUUGGUGUUGUCUACCAGGCUAAGUGCCUGGAAACUGGUGAAGCAGUUGCAAUAAAGAAGGUAUUGCAGGAUAAGAGAUACAAGAACAGAGAACUUCAAGUCAUGCGCCUUCUUGACCAUCCUAAUGUCGUUCAGCUGAAACAUUGUUUCUAUUCAACUACUGAAAAAGAUGAACUAUAUCUUAACCUUGUUCUGGAGUAUAUAUCUGAGACUGUCCAUCGAGUUUCAAGGCACUUUAACAGGAUGAAUCACCAACACAUGCCCAUUAUAUAUGUUCAACUAUAUACUUACCAGAUUUGCCGUGCACUAAAUUACUUGCACCAUGUGCUUGGGGUGUGCCAUCGUGACAUUAAGCCACAUAAUUUACUGGUCAAUCCCCAUACUCAUCAGCUAAAAAUCUGUGAUUUUGGUAGUGCAAAGAUGCUGGUGCCAGGGGAACCCAACAUAUCAUAUAUCUGCUCACGGUAUUAUAGGGCACCAGAACUUAUAUUUGGUGCUUCAGAGUACACAAGUGCCAUUGAUAUCUGGUCUGUUGGUUGUGUCUUGGCCGAACUUCUUCUUGGACAGCCUCUUUUUCCUGGGGAAAGCAGUGUCGAUCAGCUUGUGGAAAUUAUUAAGGUCCUGGGGACACCAACCCGAGAAGAAAUUAAGUGCAUGAAUCCCAAUUACACAGAAUUCAAGUUCCCUCAGAUCAAGGCUCACCCAUGGCACAAGAUAUUUCACAAACGAAUGCCACCUGAAGCAGUGGAUCUCGUAUCAAGGCUGCUUCAGUAUUCACCAAACAUGCGGUGCACUGCUUUGGAGGCAUGUGCACACCCCUUUUUUGAUGAUUUGAGACAUGCAAAUGCAUGCUUGCCUAAUGGGCGUGCGCUACCUCCUCUAUUCAAUUUUACUGCCCAAGAGUUGGCUGGGGCAUCAACUGAACUGCGUCAACGUCUCAUUCCUGAUCAUGUAUGAAAAGAAAAUUGACGAUGGGUACAUGGUCAGAUUUGUAGCCAAAUCAGUGCACCUGAAUUUUGAAUGCCUAGUCACGCAUGCAAGCAUACUGCCUGCUCAAAUAAUUCAGACCAAAUCAAUUUUCAAUCUUCACCUCGUUAGUUAGGACAAAGGGAGACCUUAGACAAGGUAGUGGGUGAUGGUGGGUAGGCUAUGCCAAGAUUUUGGAUGGCGCUUGAAGCAUAAUUAUUUGACGGGGGCAGGAUCUCUUGGUCACAGGGUUCCGACAUUUAAUAUAUUUAGACCCUGAUUCUUGAUUCUUUCAUGUAAAGCCGAAAACUACUUUCAAAACUCUUUUUGUGUUAUUUACUGACGAAAAAUACUUUUCAGUUAAAAGAAAAAUUUAAUUUUGUUUUUAAAAAAGUAUUUUUUUUAUUAUUUUAAACUGAAUACUCUUCAGAAUUAAAACUUCAUAAUUAUCUUAUUAUUUGUUGUUGAUGUUAAAUUUCAUUUAAUUGAUAUAUAUUUUGUUUUGAGUUUUUUUAAAAAUUUUCAUUAUUUAGAACUUGAUUUAUUUUAAAUUUUAUAUAAAUUUUGUUUUUUAUUUUUUUAUUGGUAUUUAUUUCUCUUAUUAUUUUUUUAAUUAAAUUUUUUUAUAUAUUAUAUUUGAUUUAUAUUCUGUUAUUUAUUUUAUUCAAAAUAAUUUAUAAAUUUAUAUUUGUUUUUUAAUUUUUAUCCUAAAUUUUAUUUUUUUAAUGUAAGAUUUGGUUUUUAUUUUUUAAAUAAACAAGAAUGUGGUGUGCUGUAUGCCUCAAUGCAUGAAAGACAAGGUAUUGUCAUUACCCUUCCAUGUUCCAGUUUCCGGUGUAUAGUUUGCCAGUAUUUGAGGAGAAUUAACUGAAUGGAUGAGUUAGGAUGUCGCGGUGUGUACUUUUCUUGCUUACCUCCUGUGUUACAAAGAAAUUCAAGUUUAUGAGAAUUUCAUGGCUGUUUACCA